AAAUAGAGGGGGACCUGCGCUCUACUCUGAAAUGGAGGUGUGGAUGUGACGCAGGCGCAGUAGCUUCACAACUAUCCAGUCCCGUCCUCAAGCACAGACAUCAACAAGAGAGCGGGUUUACUGAUGCGGGUUCGUUUUUCCUAAUACUUACGCCGCUACGACGCUCUUCAGGGAUACUUGCUUUGUGUCAGCUUCACCAAACUUUCAACAAGAUGUUUGGCUUUCAUAAGCCCAAAAUGUACCGGAGUUUGGACGGCUGCUGCAUCUGCCGGGCCAAGUCCUCCAGCUCCCGUUUCACAGACAGCAAGCGGUACGAGAAGGACUUCAGGAGCUGCUUCGGGUUGAGUGAAACCAGAUCAGGAGAAAUCUGUAACGCCUGCGUCCUCCUUGUGAAGCGAUGGAAAAAGCUUCCAGUGGGAACCAAGAAAAACUGGAACCAUGUCGUUGAUGCCAGAGGAGGCCCCAGCCUAAAGAUAACGUCCAGGCCCAAGAAAAUCAAAACCAUCUCCAAGAAAGCUCGGCCGAGCCAGAUCAGCAGGCUGCAGAAGGAGCUCAAGAGAAACACACGCUCCUGUGCUUUGCUCUGCUCUCCAGACUCAGACGCCCACAGCACAACCUCCAGUGCCUCUCCGGCUCAGUCCCCCAGCUACAGCAACCUGUCCGACGACGGCUCCGACAGCGAGCUGAGCCCCGGGUCCAGCCGCUCCCCAGUCUUCUCCUUCCUGGACCUCACUUACUGGAAGAGGCAAAAGGUGUGCUGUGGAAUAAUAUACAAGGGCCGCUUCGGGGAGGUGCUCAUCGACCCCCAUUUGUUCAAACCCUGCUGCCGCAACAAGCAGCGACAGCAGCAGCAGCAGCAGCAGCAGCAACAAGAGGAGGAGGAAGACGAGGAGGAGGAGGAGGAGGAGGAGGAAGAGGUCGAGGUAGACGAGGGUCAAGUGGGGGUGGAUAAAUCCCACGUGGAGGAAGAGGUGGUUAAGGAGACGCCUACGGGUGAGGAAAAUGCAGAGCCUGCUGAGCUAUGCGUGACAGCGCCUCCAGCCAGGAGCGGGGAGGUGAUGGAGGAAGGUUGGUGAAGCAAAGAACCCAAUUUUUUUUCUCCUUCAUUUGGCGACGUUCUGGAGAAAUCUCGGGAUGGAUUUUGUUUGAAAAAAUUUUGUUUCUUUUUUUUUUUUUUUUUUUUACCCCCCCCCCCCCCCCCGCCCCUACACAA